AUGUUGAUAUAUCAUACGUACCUAUUAUCGGAAGCGGAGGAUUUAACAAGUGAUUUUACAGGAUCAACCCGCUUGGAUGAUUCAUAUUCUGAUUGUUUGAACGAGCAUCAUAUUAGAGAAUCAGUUGAUCUCAAUGAUGAAAAAGUCGGUGGUGGUUGUUAUGAUUCUACUGGGGAUAAUAUUGCCUUUGUUGCUAAAAGUAGAGGUAGUUAUGAGUCCUCUUGUAGUGAUAUUGAUUACUUGGGUAGUGGUAGUGGUACCUCCGGACAUUUAGCUAAUCUUCUCGUUAGAAGAUCAACCGAUCCUAAAGAUGAAAAUGAUGAAAACAUUUAUUAUGAUUCUAUUGGUAAUAAUGUUGUUUCUGUUGAUUGUGAUGUUACUUCCCUGACUAGAGUUAGUGGUAGUCAUGAUACCUUUGGUGAAAACAUUAACUCUAUAGGUAUUUCCGAUCGUUUGACCAACUGUCACAUUAUAAGAUCAGCUAAUCAUAAUAUUGAAAACAGUUAUAUUUGCUACGAUUUCAUUGGUAGCGAUGGUGCUUUUAUAGAUAAUGGUGGUGGUAGUUAUGGAUACUUUAAUGAUAGUGUUGCAUCUUUGGAUAAUUGUAAUAAUACUUCCGAUCGUCUAAUAAAUUAUCAAAUUGCAAGAUCACCUGAACUUAAUGAUAAUAGUUUGAGUCAAAGAACCAUCGGCAGUAGUAGUAGCAGUGGUGGCAAUGUUGAUUAUGAUG